AUGAGUGCUUCUACUUUCGAUGAAGUACCAAUAGAUCUAUCAAAGUUGUUUCCAAAUAUCGAAAGUCUCAAGCUGAAUCAUAUCUAUCAUAGGUUGGCCAGAGCAACCAAGACAGGACCUUUGUUCGAACCAAAAUCAAUACUAUCGAGACUGACCGAAUUUCGACAUCUCUCCAUCACCAACGAGGAAAAGACAACUAAUAACCAACAAACCAAUCGAUCCUUCCUCACCGAGUAUCUCACAGAGAAUAGUACAACAUCAACUGUUUUCAAACUAGAUAUUGCAUCGAUAGGACAUCGAUUGGAAACAAUCAAAAUCAUAGGAGAAGUAUCGUUGUUCAAUCAACUUUUCUCAGUGAUCGAACAACUUGUUUGUCUAAAGAGAUUGUCCAUUCCAUCGAAAGAACUCAGUCUUUCCAAUCUUAAACUUUUACUUCAGUCAACAUCGCUUGUUCAUCUGACUACUUUAUUAAAGAUAUGUGAUUAUGCAAAGAAAGAAGGUGAGGAAUCUCUAUUGCUUAAUCUAUUGGAGGUGAGUAGCGGCUUUCAAGAUAUCAGAUUUAUUUGUUAUAAGACAACAUUGCAACAGCAGAUAAUCAACAACUUUACACUCCUCAAUAAUGUAACAGUGUCAUUCAUCAAUGAAUGUAAACACAAACAACCAAAACAGACAACCAAGCCAUUAUCUACCUGUACCGAUGAUGGAACUACCACAAUUGUUUCCUUUGAUUAA